AUGGGCCAGCGGAGGGGUCCGGCCGUGCUGCUCCUCGCCCUGGGGCACCUGGCCGGGCUGCUGGCAGCGGGACCCGCCUGCGCCGACGCUUACCGGGGCCUCUCGGACUGCGUCCUCAAGCUGGGGGACAGCAUGGCCACCUACGAGGAGGAGGAGGGCAUCGAGCUGCAGGGGCUGCACCGAGUCUGCAGGUACUGGGAUGAAUUCCACACCUGUGCCCUGACGGCACUCUGGGAAUGCCAGAAGGAAGCAGCAGCUGUCUGGGAGACACUGAGAAGGGAGUCCCGAAAAAACAGAUUUCAAGGCAGCUUGUUCGACCUCUGCAGCCCCAGCAUGGCCCAAAGCUCUGCCUGGACCCACGUUCCCAACGUUUCCAUCCUCAGUAUCCCCCUCAUCGUCACUUGGGUGAACUUAUAAACUGCAGCUCCGUGAGUAUCCCAUCAAAGGCAGUGGCAGUUUGUGCCCUGGCAUCUUUCUGAUCCUUUUUCCAAACCUGAGGAAUAUCCUGUGCAGAGCUCAGAGACACUCGGCUCCAUCCUGUGCCUGUGGGACAUGGGAGAGCUUGGCAGAAUCUCCUGGGUGUUCCUGUUGGUCUGUAAUUUGGAAUAAUGCCUGUCCACUUCUGCUUCAAGACACAGAGACAGAUCUGGCUGUCUGGAGAAUUUGGGAGCUUAUAGGUAUGGGGCAGAGGAUUUAGGGAAAAGUGAUAAAUUCUGGAAAAAUGGCAAAUGUUGGACUCUUCCCACUCUUCUAUGGCUACUGGAAGGAAACCUGUUUACUUUGCUGACUCUUUCCACCAGAUCAACUCUCCAAGUUUUUGAUUUGGGCACUGAGAACAAGAUGGGCAUUUUUACCACUGUUCUGUGAGGUGCAGGGGGGUGGUGUCUGUCCUGUCACAGGCAUAAGGGAGACCUGCCCUGUACUGGCCCUUUUGCUUUAAGGACACGGUGAAACCCCUGCUGAAGAAUAAUCACAGUUGCAUGACUUGUCUUGCACACAUCUGGAUUCCUGAGUAACUCCUGUGUUAUGUGUAAAUCCCUUUUCUAAGGACACAGAGAGCAAAAAUAUUUUGAUUGAGGGAGAGUGUCAAGGCAGGACAAAAGGGAUUUAUAGCAACUCCUGCUUUGAAGCUUUCCCCAAGGUACCUGUAAGCAGCUCUGUGGGUAGAAGUGUGUAAUUCCAGAGUAUUAAAGUGUGUUGUAGAGCUUACAGCAUGGUAGAAGUUGUUUGUCCUGGCUUUUGCUUGACAGCACAAUUUCUUCUUUUGUGGUUCAGAAUGUUAGUUUUGCAGUUUCAG